AUGUCCCUUUGGCUUCCAGGUCGAUGGCAUGUACUGGCUGCCUUGUUCUGCUGCACUGCUGCCACCAAGUUUAAGAAACCACAGGGAGCUGAGGAGCUCGGACUCUUAUGGGAGCGGUGUGCUGUUGAAGGUGAUGAGUGCACUUGUGGCAGUGGACAUGUUCGCUUCGGUGAAGGGGACCGGUGGGUCGCCCUACAGCUUGGUGCCGGGACAGCCCACGUGUCGUGCAACAUCUCCAGCUUCGGAGAGGACCCGGCUUUCAAUCGCUUGAAGGAGUGUUGGUGCGCCGCGGCCGCAAGCAAGCCCUUGCAGCCUGCUCGUGUGGCCAUCGUGAUGCUUAGUCGACACCCUCCGGACUUGAAGACUUGGAUCAGGUACCACCUUCAUCACGCGGGGGUUGAGCACGUAUUCAUACAGGCUGAGGACUCGCCUCAGAUCUCCGAAGCUGUUCAUCAGCUAUCAGCGCAGGACCAGGCGAAGGUCACGCUGUGGGGCACUUUGAGUCCAAGCCUACUUGGUGUUUCCUCGACGGACUCGCGCCCAGUGGACGACUAUACAACUUUGCAGGCCCGGCAAACUGCCGCAAUGGCGAGAGCCAGGGAUGCCUGCAAGCAAAUGGGGAUUGACUGGCUUGUCCAUAUUGACGACGAUGAGCUGAUGUACUCUCCGCAGAGCCGGAAGAUUGGGGACCUGUUGGGUGCCGUGCCGUUGAGCUUUGUACAGGCGUAUCUGCCAAAUGUGGAAGCUGUCUAUACAUCUCCGGAGGUGAAGAACUGCUUUGCCCAGACGGAGAAGGUAAACCUCAAUCGCUACACGUUCCAGUCCUAUGCCAAUGGCAAGUCCGCCUUGCGGGUGGCUGCAAGCGAGGCAUACCCUGCUGGCCCACACCAGUGGAGAGAUGCACAGAACCGGGAGCUGCAGUCCGUCCAUAUGGAUCAGGAACCAUUUGGACCGGCCCUCAUGAUUAUCCACUACGAAUCCUGCCCAUUCUCGCGGUGGCAGGACAAGUUCUGGGAACUUGGCAACACGUCCCCAGAAAAAAUCAGUCAGAUUCCUUUCCAGUUCUAUCGCGAGUCCAUCAGCAGAAUGCAAAGCUGCAGGAGCAGUGAGCCACAGAAAGACCGACGGUUUCUGUCCCUCUUGGGCUGCGAUGAGGGCUCGCUGAUGCAGCUAUGGAGUCAAUGGAAGACCAUUGCAAACCCGUCUCUGAAGAGCGAGGACCUCAUGCCGAUCCACAUACCUUGGCAAGAACUUCUGGAUGACUGA